GCCAGUCUGUCCUUUUGGGGAUGGGGGGGUCUCGGAGUUGUGCUGUUCCUCAUCACCUUCGGACCCUUUGCCAUUUUCUACCUGGCCUUUUACAUCCUCUGCUUCAUUGGAGGGGGCUUCGCCGUCACUCUACUUUAUGGGAAAAUCAACUCGGAGAAGUACUUGGAGAAGUGCGAGCACUCCUACCUGCCGCCUCCACCAAUUGGUAUUUCAAAGACGCUGGAUGAGAUGAAGCUGGAAAUGAAGCCCAUAAAGAUUGACAGGCGGCUGACUGGCUCGAGUUUCAUAGACGAACCUCUGCAACAGGUGAUCCAGUUUGCUUUGAGAGAUUACAUCCAGUACUGGUACUACACUCUGAGCGAGGAUGAGUCUUUCUUACUCGAAAUCCGACAGACACUUCAGAACGCCCUCGUCCAGUUCUCCACGCGGUCCAAAGAAGUGGACUGGCAGCCUUACUUCACCACUCGCCUGGUGGACGACUUUGCCACCCAUUUGCGUGUCUUUCGGAAAGCUCAGGAUCGUCUCCCGGACAGAGAGGAUAAACAAAGGGACAUAACAGAAGAGCUGAUAGACUCGUUUUUUGAGGCCGAAGUGGAGAUGGAAAGAAAAAUCUGCCGGGACGUGGUGUGUACUUCUCUAAAGGACGAAGAAGGUUUCCUCCGGGACUUGUGCGAAUUGCUUCUGUAUCUGUUGCUACCUCCUGGAGACUUCCACAACAAAAACAUGAGAUAUUUUUUAAGAGAGGUGUUGGCACGCGGUGUCCUGCUUCCGCUCAUCAACCAGCUGAGUGAUCCCGACUACAUCAACCAGUUCGUCAUCUGGAUGAUCCGAGACUCAAGUUGUAACUACGAAGCCUUUAUGAACAUCUUGAAAUUGACCGACAAACCUGCAGAACUGGAAGCCGUGAAGGACAAGGUGAUUGAGGAACUGCAGUAUUUGCGGUCACUGGACACGGCAGGAGAUGACAUCAACGUCAUCAAAAACCAGAUCAACAGUCUUCUGUUUGUCAAGAAGGUCUGCGAGACCAGGAUCCAGAGACUAAAAUCUGGAAAGGAGGUAGACACGUUGAGGCUCGCGGCCAAUUUCGGCAAGCUGUGCGUCAUCCCGUUGGAUCACAUCCUGGUCCACAACAUCGCCUUGCAGUUCUUCAUGGACUUCAUGCAGGCCGCCGGUGCCCAGGCGGAGCUCUUCUUUUGGUUGACGGUGGAGGGCUACCGAGUGACGGCGCAGCAGCAGCUAGAGGCCAUGCAGCGCUGGCAGAAAGACGGAAAACGACAACCUAACGCAACCAAGGGGCUUCUGAAAGCGGCCGCACUGGGCGUUUUUGAGCAGUAUCUGUCUGAAAAGGCUUCUCCCAGAGUCCAAGUGGAUGAAGACUCCAUAACACGCUUGUGGGAGAAGCUUCAGAAAGAUGAUCCCACGCCAGAAAUUUUUGACGACAUCCAGAAAAAGGUUUAUGACAUGAUGCUUCGCGACGAAUGCUACUACCCCUCGUUCAAGCAAAGCCCGCUGUACGUGCGCAUGCUAGCCGAGCUAGACAUGCUAAAAGAGCCUAGCUACCGUGGCUCCGACGACGGCGACGCAGAAUCCUUCAACGGCUCGCCGACUGGAAGCAUCAAUCUGUCUUUGGAUGAGCUGAGCAACUCGUGUCACGACGAAUCGAUACAGCUUCACGCUUUCAUCUCCGAUACCCCGAUUUGCUACGCCGUUUUGUUGCCGUCCUCAAUUUCUCUCAUGGCACCCGCAUGCUGUUUACUGUCUUUUGACCCCCCUCCUGUUGUUUCCCCACCUCUUGCGAUCGUAUCAUUGGGUGGGGUAGCUGACGCUUCUGUUCCCGGCUUGUGGGCCGCCGCAGGUGUGUGCAAUGAGCACGGGAAGACGUACGCGCUUUACGCCAUCACUGUAUUCAGACGCAACCCAGACGGCAGCGAGGAUUGCUGGAAGACUUAUCGUCGCUACUCCGAUUUCCAUGACUUCCACAUGAGGAUCACUGAGCAGUUUGAGAACUUGACGUCCAUUUUGAAGCUCCCGGGGAAGAAAACAUUCAACAACAUGGACAGAGAUUUCUUAGAGAAGAGAAAAAAGGACCUCAAUGCAUACCUACAGUUGCUGUUGAACCCCGAGAUGGUGAAAGCGUGUCCAACGCUUAUCCCGUAUGUCUACGACUUCCUAGAGAACAAAGCUUACAAUAAAGGCAAAGGAGAUUUUGCACGCAAGAUCGACACGUUCGUCAAUCCUAUAAGGAGCUCCAUGAGGAACGUGUCCAACGCGGUCAAGUCGCUCCCGGACAGUCUUGCCGAGGGCAUGAACAAAGUGUCGGACAACAUGGGCCGCAUGUCCGAAAGACUGGGCCAGGAUAUCAAGCAGUCAAUCUUCAAGGUGCCUCCUCUUCUCCCCAAGUCGGACAUUGACCCCGAACACUGUCGGGUGUCGGCCCAGCUGGACGACAACGUGGAUGACAACAUCCCGCUACGCGUCAUGCUGCUACUAAUGGACGAGGUGUUCGACCUAAAAGAGAAGAACCAGUGGCUACGCAGGAACAUCAAGAACCUGCUUCAGCAGCUCAUCCGAGCCACUUACGGCGACACCAUCAACAGGAAAAUUGUGGACCACGUGGACUACUUAACGUCUCCUGAGCAGGUGGCAGACUAUGUCAAGAAGUUCAGAGACUCUUACUGGCCCAACGGAAUUCUGGCCGAGACGCCGCCCCGUCGGGACAAAAGCAUCCGCAUGAGGACGCGAGUCGCCGCCAAGACGAGCUUGCUGGGUAUCAUGCCAGACGAGCUGAAGCACAUCAUCGGCGCCGACACCACGCGCAAGGGCAUUCUGCGCGUCUUCGACAUGUUCCAGUACCAGGCCACCAACCGCCGUCUGGUCUACGUCUUCCUGGAGGGCUUCUUGGAAACCAUGUUCCCCCAGUACAAGUUCCCCGAGCUCUUCGUCAAGCUGCACUCCCGCUCGCCGCGCGUCCACCGAUACGGCCACAAACUCAAAGGCUCCUCGCUCAAGAGGUGA